CGAGCACAGCAAGCACGACAAGCACAAUGGCAGAGCCCAUCGACGCGCGCAUGGCCGCAAAGCUGCGGUCAAAUCUCACCAUCGAGCACUUGGAAAUCGUCGACACCUCGGCCAACUGCGGCUCGUCGUUCGCGCUCGUCAUCGUCUCGCCGGACUUUGCGCGCAAGAUGACGCUGGCACGGCACAAGCUUGUGAACCAGAUCCUCGCCGAGGAGAUCACCCAGCUGCAUGCCUUCUCGCAGAAAACCCUCACGCCAGAGCAGUGGGCCAAGGAGCGCGGCGCUUAACUUCCCCAUGCUCCCCGCCUUGGCCCCCGCACUGACUCAUCUGUUGUAUCGUACAGAGGUUUGCCGCAUGCUCUAGACGCUACAUGCAUCAUGUAUCGACACGGGCCGGAGCGCAGCUGGCACAACGCAAACUGGCGCACCCGCAACACAGCGCCUGCCCCC